AUGGUCGCCGCCUCAUGGCUCAGCGAGGGGCUGAACGGAGGCAUCUACAGCUCCAUGCUACAGUGCCACAGUUGUUUCGUCUGCAUCGUCGUCUUGUACGCGCACAUUUUGCGGGACGUGCUGAGGAUUCCAGCCGCCGAGAGCCGGUCUCCCUCAGACUCCCGCUCGACGCUGGACCUGCUGAUAGAAAUCAUCUCCCUGGGCUGUGCUUUCCAAGUGUUUGGAUUCAUGCUCUGUGCCGGUGCCGAGAUUCCCCUGUGCACGGCGAUGUCUUUCGACCGCUACUUGGCCAUCUGCCUCCCCCUGCGCUACGGGGCCAUCAUGGUUGAUGGGGUCUGUGGGAAGAUGGCGGCCGCCUCGUGGAUCUUUGAAACACUGAGCGCCAUGACGCACCCAAUCGCCACUUUCUCCAUCCCCGAAUUUGUGACAAAAACCGUCUCAGUCAGCCUCACCUUUGGUUAUUUCCUCGCCAUCUUCGUCUCGUACGUGUAUAUUUUCCCGGCCGUGCUGAAAAUGCCGGCCGCCAAGGGCCGGGCCAAAGCCUUCUCCACCUGCCAGCCCCAUCUCACCGUCGAGACUUUAUUCGUAGCAAAUGGCGCCUUUGCCUACCUCAAAACAGCGGCUGCUGUCUUUAAGGAGCCCGGAGCACUGGUUUUAUGCCACACUCUUUCCCGUCCCGUUCACAAAUCCGAAAGUGGAGACUAG